AUGACACUUACGCAACCCACCACACCAUACCAUGGCCGUCCCAGCAAAGCCCGUAAAGCCGCCAUCGAUGGCGUCGCUGUCGCUGGAGGAGCGGGGCGCCGUCGCGGACGAUGAGCUCGAGGCGUUCCGCCGCGCGUGGCGCGCCGAGGUCGAGGCCAAGAAGGAGGUCGAGGUCGACGCCGGCGGCGUCAUGUGGAAGGGCACGGGUGAGAAGAAGGAAAGCGGCAGCACGGACAAGGUCAAGGACGGUGAAGGCAAGAGCAAGGGCAAAGGCAAGGGCAAAGGCCAGGACAAGCCCAAAGCCGGCGACGACGAGUGGCCAGCUGCUCCCCCUCCGCCGAUCCCUGUCACGGCCGUGCGAUCACGUUCGCCGACGAAGGCCAGCCCACGCUCGCCGACCAAGCCCGCGUCUCCCCUGCGCUCGCCCACUAAGCAGCUGACGCGGAUACGCUCGCCCACCAAAACGUCCGCUCCCACCCCUCUCCCUCCGCCCCGCUCGCCAACAAAGCCCACGCGCGAGGCCGCUGCCGCCGCGGCCACGCCCACGGAUUCAGAGGUCGACUCAGAUACGAUGCCCUUCCCGCAGCGCCGGCGCACGGGCGAUGCCGUAGCGCUAUACACGCGCGCGGUAGAGGCUGAACAAGGCGGGCGCCUGUCGGACGCGUUGCACUUGUACCGCCGUGCAUUCCGGGCCGACGAUAAUGUCGACAGGCUGUACGCGCUAAGCGUGCGGCGCGCGGAAGCGGAGCGGGCGCGGGCGGCUGAGGAGGCCGGGCCUGAGCAGGCCGACGAGACGCCGACGCCGACACCCGUCGACAUCGUCGAUCCGUCUGCGCCCGAGCUGCCCGCCUACCAGUUUACGCGCGAGGUGCAGGUGCAGCCGGACUAUGAGCGAGAGGGGGACCGCGUGAGCCGCCUCACAGCGCUGCUUGAGGCGCGGGUGGGUGACCCCGCCUCGUUCCCCGAGGGCGAGGAGGGGGAUCCAGCGCUCUCGUUCCGCCCCGCCGACCCCGCCCUUCCCAUGCCGCUCGCGGCACUGCCGGGCGAGCUUCUGGACCGCGUACUUCUCUUCCUGGACGUUAUGGCGCUCGAGCGCUUCGGCGCGACAUGCUGGCGCGCGCGCCUGCUCACAGCCCACGCGGCGGCGUGGAAGAGGUUGGCAGAGAGGAUUUAUGUCCCGCCCAUGGUGGAGAGCAUCGCCGUCGGCCGCUCAUUAGCCCGGCGUCAUCGCGAUGAGUGGCGUACCACGCUCCUCGAGGAGGAGCGGUUGCGCAUGGAUGGCGCGUACAUUUCUGUCUGCCAUUACAUCAGGCCGGGCGCAGGUGAACAAUGGGUGACGAUCACGCACAUGAUCACGUACCACCGCUUCCUCCGCUUUUAUCCCGACGGGCAUGUCAUAUCGUUCCUCACGACCGACCACCCGUCCGAAGUCGUGCCGCUGCUAAAGCCGACGCUGCGCGCCAAGGGCCUUCACUUUGGCCGGUGGCAGCUUGUGCGCUCCGAGGACAAGCGUGGGCGCAAACGUCCACGCGUGCUCAUCACCGACCUCAUCGAGCCCGGCAGCAACGCAAAGUACGAGUUCGAAAUGGAGCUCACGUUGCGCGAGACGGGGCGGGGCCGGUGGAACAAACUGGACCUGGUAUCCUACUCGUCCAUCAACCUCGCCACAGGGGAGGCGCUGGGAUUAAGUCUCAAGCAUCAGAAACCAUUCUACUUCUCAAAAGUGCGAUCGUACAACCCACCAUUUUAAAACGACAAUCGCAUCAGCAUUCACAGAUCACUCGCAUGAAUACCGUCCAUCUCCAUGUCUCAGAGGAACUGCCCGAACCACUCCUCGAACUGCUCAUCCACGGUCAUUGACGCUGGCGAGCGCCU